CUCCUUCUUUAUAUUUCCCUAACGCCUAAACAAGAUCUACAAACACCACUCUUCUUAGUAUUUGUGUGAUCAAGAAUUCUCCAAAAUGUCUCGUCACCCCAAAAUACACCCGGAAGCCCCAUCAGCGCGAGCAUCGGCUCCUCUGGUACCACGUGCUGCCUCUAGAUCAGAACAAGGAGACCCGGCCAAAGACGUUUUGACCCAACGGUCCACAUACGUACCGUUGGCUCCGCCGAGGAAGAGAGGAAGAAGCUGUUGCUGCAGGUGCGUGUGUUACACACUCUGCCUUCUCUUGCUCCUUGUUGUUGCAGUAGGCGCGACGAUUGGUAUACUCUACCUUGUAUUUAAACCGAAGCUACCGGAUUACUCUAUUGACCGGCUGCAGCUCACCCAGUUUGCACUCAACCAAGACUCGAGUUUGUCCACGGCUUUUAACGUGACUAUAACCGCUAAGAAUCCGAACGAGAAGAUCGGGAUUUACUAUGAAGAUGGGAGCAAGAUUACCGUGUGGUACAACGAAACCAAACUCAGCGAGGGAUCGUUGCCAAAAUUCUAUCAGGGACAUGAAAAUACCACAGUGAUAGACGUAGAAAUGUCUGGCCAAACUCAGGAUGCAGCGGGUAUAAUGACAACAUUAGAAGAGCAGCAACAAACAACCGGGAAUAUACCAUUGAGAUUAAGAGUUGACCAGCCGGUUCGAAUCAAAUUCGGGAAGUUGAAGCUGAUGGAGGUGAGAUUCCUGGUUCGAUGUGGUGUAUUUGUGGAUAGUUUGGCUCCAAAUAAUGUUAUUAAAAUUCAAAGUAGUAGCUGCAAGUUUAGGCUCAGGCUAUAACUCUGUUUCUUAGGUAUUCUAUUUGUCAUUUGGUAAGGUAUUGUAUUGUGUUUUCAUUUUUUUGUAAUUCAUAUUUUCAUUAAAGUCUCCUUUUAAGCUA